ACAGUUCUUGUAAUCGUGCUGUGAACAUUAUUUAGUUUAACAAGAGACAAAGAGUGGUUCGAAGAGUGUCUGCAAGCCGUAGCUUAACAUUUUCUGUGAAAACUAAAAGCUACGCUGAUCCUGUCUCUUCCUCGAAGGAACACCACACGCAGAAUUACACACACAAUUAAUUUAUUUGUAAUUUAGGAUUUUUUAUAUUUAAUAAACCAAAUAUAUCAACAUGUGUGACGAAGAGGUUGCCGCGCUCGUUGUCGACAAUGGAUCCGGUAUGUGCAAGGCCGGUUUCGCCGGAGACGAUGCCCCCCGGGCCGUCUUCCCGUCCAUCGUCGGACGCCCACGUCACCAGGGUGUGAUGGUCGGUAUGGGACAGAAAGACUCGUACGUCGGUGACGAAGCCCAGAGCAAACGUGGUAUCCUGACCCUGAAGUACCCGAUCGAGCACGGUAUCGUCACGAACUGGGACGAUAUGGAAAAGAUCUGGCAUCAUACUUUCUACAAUGAGCUGCGUGUUGCCCCCGAGGAGCACCCAGUCCUGCUCACAGAGGCCCCUCUGAACCCGAAGGCUAACCGCGAGAAGAUGACUCAAAUCAUGUUCGAAACCUUCAACACACCGGCCAUGUACGUCGCCAUCCAGGCCGUGCUGUCCCUGUACGCCUCCGGUCGUACCACCGGUAUUGUGCUCGAUUCCGGUGAUGGUGUCUCCCACACAGUACCCAUCUACGAAGGUUAUGCCCUGCCCCACGCCAUCCUGCGUCUGGAUUUGGCCGGUCGCGAUCUGACCGAUUACCUGAUGAAGAUCCUGACCGAGCGUGGAUAUUCGUUCACAACCACUGCCGAACGUGAAAUCGUUCGUGACAUCAAAGAAAAGCUCUGCUACGUCGCCCUGGACUUUGAGCAAGAAAUGGCCACCGCUGCCUCGUCCUCCUCCCUGGAGAAGUCCUACGAACUGCCCGACGGACAGGUCAUCACCAUCGGAAACGAACGCUUCCGUUGCCCGGAAGCUCUCUUCCAGCCAUCCUUCCUGGGUAUGGAAGCCUGCGGUAUCCACGAAACCACAUACAACUCGAUCAUGAAGUGCGAUGUCGACAUCCGAAAGGAUCUGUACGCCAACACAGUAUUAUCCGGCGGUACCACCAUGUACCCAGGAAUCGCCGAUCGUAUGCAGAAGGAAAUCACCGCCCUCGCCCCAUCCACCAUGAAGAUCAAGAUCAUCGCCCCACCAGAGCGCAAAUACUCCGUCUGGAUCGGUGGCUCCAUCCUGGCCUCGCUGUCCACCUUCCAGCAGAUGUGGAUUUCCAAGCAGGAAUACGACGAGUCCGGCCCAUCCAUCGUCCACAGGAAGUGCUUCUAAGCAUCUUCUUAUCUUAUUAUUACUAAUAAUAACAACACAACACUCUUCAACCAACAUCAACAACAACAAUGAAAAACCAACAGCAACAGCAGCAUCAACAACAUCAACAGCAACAGCGCAAAGUAAUGAUGAGACAAAAAACGCGAGUAAGAGAGAGAUUACAAGAACAACAGCAUCAACCAAUUCCAGCAAGAAGUUGAAAAAAGACAUAAACAUUCGAAAAACAACUUAAAAUAAAAAGACAAUUCCUGUAUUAUUACUUAUAAUAA